AUGGGUCCUCCUCAAAGAUGGAUGGAUGUUUAUUGUUUAACGCCUUUCGAACUACAAAAACAAUUUAAAAACGCUGUAUAGUGAGUCUAAUAAAAUGUUCAUGACUUUUAAAAGUAUGUUUGUAGUCAAACAUGAACAGUAUACUGUUUCAGUGCAGCAUGUAGUGUAUGUGGUAUGUAGUUUGUGUACCGAUUGCGUGAUAAAGAACAUGCCGUCAAACCAGUUUUAUGAGAUAUAUGCCCGAAGUCGAUCAGUCCACACACGCCGUGUUAUUUAGCAACGAAACCACUGGACUCCGCUUUAAGUACAGAAAGACAAGAGGAGGAAAGGCGCUAUGGGCCAGGGACAGACAAAAAGUCCACAGGUGAUCCUGAUGGGUUUGGAUAAUUCUGGAAAGACAACUUUUCUGGCUCGACUUCUGACUGGACAGGUGAUGGACACGACACCAACCAUCGGAUUCAACGUUGGAUCUUUCAAUGUAGAUAAGAGGACAUCGUUGACAAUUUGGGACAUCGGAGGACAAAAGAGCAUGAUACCCAACUGGAGGUACUACCUGGAUGACUCCAAGGCUCUGGUUUUCAUGGUUGACAGUAGUGAUCGAAGUCGGAUGCAGGAGGCCCAGAAGGCAUUGCGGAAGGUUCUGAGUGACGAAAGGUUACGGGGUGUUCCUUUGAUGGUCCUUGCCAACAAGGCGGAUCAACCAAAUGCCAUGACCAUACAAGAGAUCUCCACGCAGCUUGGAAUGUCCAACUACCCUCACCUGCAAUGGCAGAUUCAAGCAUGCAGCGCACUGCAAGGAGUUGGUCUGCGUCAGGCAUUCUUGUCCGUCGCCAAACUUAUCAAGAAAAGGUAAAAUGGCAUCUGAUGGAGAUAGUCAAGAAUGGAACUUCGGUUUUCUUUAGUAAUCUGUUUCAAAGGGUUAGAAUCGUAUAAAAACAGAGUCCAUUUUCCUGUAGGGAAUGAUGUAAAUUAAAUGAAUCUGUUUCAUAAACCCGUAAAUAUGAACACAUAACACAUUUUAUAGCGAAUGAUUGUUUUAAUAUCAGUAAAUAUGAAAUACAUAAUGUCGGGAUUGUAAUGUAUAAAGGAACAUUUACCAUCACAUUUAUUUUUUUAUUGAAGCAGAGGGGGAAGAGCCACGUGGAUGUCACUUAUUCAUUCAUUCAUUACUAUGAAUUGAUGUACGUGGAGUCGGACUUAAACAAGUUUAAAGGCCUACUGAAAUGAGAUUUUCUUAUUUAAAUGGGAAUAACGGGUCCAUUCUGUGUCAUACUUGAUCAUUUCACGAUAUUGCCAUAUUUUUGCUGAAAGGAUUUAGUAGAGAACAUCGACGAUAAAGUUCGCAACUUUUGGUCGCUAAUAGAAAAGCCCUGCCUUUACCGGAAAUAUGUGCGCAUGACGUCACGAGUUGCAGGGCUCCACACAUAUUCACAUUGUUUUUAAUGGGAGCCACCAGCAGUAAGAGCAAUUCGGACCGAGAAAGCGACAAUUCCCCCAUUAAUUUGAGCGAGGAUGAAAGAUUCGUGAAUUAGGAUAUUGAUAGUGAAAAACUAGGAAAAAUAAAUAAAUAGAUAAAUACAUUUUAAAAAAGCGACUGCUCCGGGCGGCCGCAGUGUGAGCGUUUCAGAUGUAAUUAGACACAUUUACUAGGAUGAUUCUGGAAGAUCCCUUAUCUGCUUAUUGUUUUAAUAGUGUUUUAGUGAGAUUCUAAAGACAUACCCCGAGGUCGGAUGGCUGCGGUGAACACGAAGUGUCUCAGAGAGAAGCCGAGGAGCCAAGCUCACAGCUGCCUUUUUUUGACAGCUACUGCAGGAGGAAAUCCCAUAAUCCACUGAUUUCUCCGGUAAGACUUAAUAUCACAAUUUUCCCAUCCAAAGACAUGCUGGUUGACGUAGAGAAAACAUGUUCACUUGACCGCUCUGCUUCACAACAAACAAAGAAACACCGACUGUGUCUCGGUGUUAAAGACAGCUACAAUCCACCGCUUUCCACCAACAGCAUAGUUCUUCAUAGUCUCCAUUAUUGUCGGAGGUAUUUGUUGUUGAACCCCAUGAUGCAGAGAAGGAGGCAGGCAUAGAAUAUGAAAACAUGAUUUAAUUAAAACUAAACAAGAACAAACAAAAAGCACGCACGUGGGCGGAAUAACAAACUAAGGGAGCUAGCACUGGAAGCUAGAAAACAAAAAGGAACUUUAGCAUGGAAGCUAGUGGAUAGCAAACGGAAAAACUGGAAAUAAUUAAUGCUAACAGAAACAGCUUACCGCUACGACGACCAGGACAAAAUGUAGCAUGACAGGUAGUAGCUGUAACAAAACGACACGACAGGUAGCAUGACAAGAGUGCCAUGUGGCAACGACAAUACAAUACAAUGAUCCAGCAACUGACACAAAACAAAGCAGGUACAAAUAGGAGCGGGCUGAUUGGCAACGGUGUGGCCAGGUGCCAAUCAGCCGCAGCUGAGGAGGAACACAGCACUCAGGGAACAAGACAGGAAGCUGACAAAAUAAGAGCACUAGACAGGAACUAAAGACAGGAGAUACUAAACACAGAGGAAACAGACAAAUGCAGAGGAAAAAAACAAAACAUACAAAAACUGUCAGGGGAAAGCCUGACAAUUAUUAAAUGAACAAAUUGCAAAAAUUCAGCAACACAGAUGUCCAAAAUACUGUGUAAUUACACCAUGAACAGAGACGACUUUUAGCCGUGUUUGGUGCCUCGCUAAUAUGUCCCCUCCAACACGUGACAUCACGCGUACGCGUCAUCAUUCCGCGACGUUUUCAACAAAAAACUCGCGGGAAAUUUAAAAUUGCAAUUUAGUAAACUAAAAAGGCCGUAUUGGCAUGUGUUGCAAUGUUAAUAUUUCAUCAUUGAUAUAUAAACUAUCUGACUGCGUGGUCGGUAGUAGUGGGUUUCAGUAGGCCUUUAAAAACUUAUUCAGGUGUUACCAUUUAGUGGUCAAUUGUACGGAAUAUGUACUGUACUGUGCAAUCUACUAAUAAAAGUUUCAAUCAAUCAAAAAAAA